CCCUCAUACCUCCCUCCCUCCCGACCCACCAUGUCCUUCGCCGACGUCGAAACCGGCCUCGCCUCCGCGCGCUCCCUCUCUACGCCCUCCCACUCCCAGUCCAGCGAGGACGCCGAGUUCGCGCGGCUCCAGUCCGCGCUCAGCCUGCAGGUCUUCAAGAUCAACGCGAACGUGCAGGGCAUCUCCAAGCUCCUCGACCAGCUCGGCACCGGCCGGGAUAGCGCCGCGCUGCGGAAGAGCCUGCAUGAUUUGACGGAGACGACGCGCGCGAUGGCCAAGCGCGGGUCGGACGACCUCAAGGAGCUCGCGAAGCUCGGCGCGAAGCUGCCCCACCGCAAGACGCCCCUCCAGAAGACCUCGCACGACUUCCAGCUCUCCCUCGUCGCCUUCCAGCGCGCCCAGCAGCUCAGCGCCGAGCGCCAGCGCACGGUCGUCGAGGGCGUGAGGGUCCUCGCCGACGAGGAGCUCGGCGGCCCUUCGGAACCCUAUCAUGACCACGACCACGCACAACAACAGCAGCAGCAGCUCCUGCAGAGCACGCUCUCGCCCGCCGAGCUCGCGUACCAGGAGAGCCUGAUCGAGGAGAGGCAGGCGGAGAUACAGGAGAUCGAGACCAGUAUACACGAGCUCGCGGAGAUAUUCAAGGAUCUGGGGACGGUCGUGGGCGAGCAGGGGGCGAUGAUCGACAACAUCGAGUCGAACAUAUCCUCCAUCGCCGUCGACACCUCCGGCGCGGCCGAGGAGCUCACGACCGCGCACGCGUACCAGCGCAAGGCCGGCCGGCGCGCGCUGUGUUUGAUGCUCGUGAUUGUGGUGGUCGUUGCGGUGGUGCUGUUGGCUGUCUUGUCCUGAAGCUCGGUAUACCCCUCCUCGAGUGUCUCUAACCUUGUGUGUGCGUGCGUGCGUGUCCCGCGGACUGGUGGUGGCGACGGAUGGUCUGAUGCUUAUGUUGUCUCAUAUGUUUAUGGUAUAAUCACGCUUGCGUAGAUGCAGUGCUGUUUAAUGUUAUACUUAUAAUUUUGACCUGCCGGGCGGUUCGUUGGGUAUGCUUCAGCUCUCAGAUGGAGCUCAGGCUUGCAAUCUCAUUCGUGCUCAAGGGGAUUGAGACAGGUGGCAUUGAGUAGCGGCGAG